GUUGGUGUGCCUACACAAUAAACCCACCUGCUUUUCCCAAACAUGCAAUAGAUAUUUCACCAUGCGUUUCCGAACUAAACUCACCAAUGCGGAGACUUUCUCCAGUACGUUUAUUGCCUCUUGUCGCGUGCUGCUCCAUCUACCGCGUUUUGGCGUUCCGGGUGGUAGCCUUCCUUGAAGCUCUGAAGGCCUAGACCAACCAAACCACCAGGUCACUGUUCGCAAUGACCGAGUCCACAUAACUAACACCACGUACCAACUCCAACAGAGCUAACCGCCUCCCUCUCAUCGCUGGGCAAGACCUGCUGGAUGCGCCUCGAGCCAGGCAACAUCCGCUUCACCAUUAUCCCCGACCAAGGCACCCAAGUAUGGGCACAAUUACCAAUUGACGCCAUCUUCGACGAAUCAAGCUACAUCCUCGAAUCCAACUCAGGCGGAAUCAUCAACCUAGAAGUGCCGAUCGGCGCCCUGCACCGGGCGCUCCGCUCCGCCGUCGACGCCAAAUCCGCCCAACUCCGCCUCACCCAGAAGGGCCGCAUCCCGCUCCUGGCACUGACCAUCCGCACGCUAUCCUGGGCGCCCGGGUCCAACGCACUGGGCAUCAUCACCACCGCACCUGGAACCGGAACCGGAACUGGUCCGGGCAGCGGUAGUAGUAGCAGCAGCAAUGACCCUCCGACUAUCACCAACGGGCCGGCCCAUGCGCCCCCGCCGUCAUCAUCCACGACAGACACCCCCAACGGGCCCUCCCGCCCCGGCCGCGAACGCGAAACCGUGAUCACGCAAGAAAUCCCCGUGAAGGUCUUCCACGAGUCCGCCGUCGAGGGCCUCCACGAACCCCGCUGCCGCGACCCAGACGUGCACAUCAUCCUCCCGAGCCUCGGCCAACUGAAGAGCAUCUCCGAGCGGUUCACCAAGCUCGCCUCCCCGGGCCAUGGGUUUGCGUCCGCGGCGGAUGCCGCCACGAAACCCACCGCGACGGGCGCGUCGGCCGCCGCCCCGAAACUCGAGCUGUCCGCCAACAUGCACGGCGCCCUCCGGCUGGCGAUCGCCACGGACGCCCUGCGCAUCUCGAGCGUGUGGACCGACCUCGUCAACCCCUCGCUGGACCCGGGCCAGCUGUCCCAGGGUGAGAUCGAGCGGUUGCCGAGUGAGCGGAUGCGCGCGGUGCCCGGGGAUGACGAGGCCGGGUGGGCGCGUGUGCGGAUCGAUGGGCGCGACUGGGGGAAAGUGUUGAGUGUGGGGAGGUUGAGUCCAAGGGUGGUUGCUUCUUUCGUUCACGAGACGGCCUUGAUUCUCUACGUCUACCUUCCUGGGACAUUCAAUGAAGAGGACUCGUGUCUGACGUACUACAUCAAUUCAUAUGCGGCUUGAUUUUCCCAUUAUCCGGGCACGCACGGAUCUAUCUAUCUCACGACAUUGUUGCUUCACGAAUCUCCUAAAAUCUUAAUAUCACUCCCUAGUUAUACCUGCUCUGUACUAUAAAGCCUACCCUUGUUCCCUACGCAUAUAGAUCGGUCGAUUAGAGUGCACAAUUUCCAAAU